AGAAGGAAACAAAGACGGGAUGGAAGAGAGAAUCUAUGCAAAUGUGAGCAGCACUGAGCUGAGUGGGAUAGACAGAGAGGAGAAUCAGGAUACCAGAACAAAGAGGAUGCAGCAGACAGUUGUUAAAGCAACAAACAGAAGAUCCAGACUGGCUGUGGUGUGUAUGGGACUGCUGUGUGUUCUCCUGAUGACCACCAACGUAGUGCUCUACAUGUACUAUAUUAAUGUGAAAGAGGAGAAAAACAGUCUGGCCCAAACCAUCUUUUCUUUGAGAGCAAACUUCACUGCAGAGAGAGAGACCCUCUUAUCCAGUAUCAGAAACCUGACUGAAGAAAAAGACCAACUGAAGAGCAGCUACCAGAAUCUGACUGAGGAGAAAGACCAGAUAAACAAAACUUUGACUAAAGAAAGAGACCAGCUCAGGAGCAGAUACCAGAAUCUGACUGAGGAGAAAGACCAGAUAAACAAAACUUUGACUAAAGAAAGAGACCAGCUCAGGAGCAGAUACCAGAAUCUGACUGAGGAGAAAGACCAGAUAAACAAAACUUUGACUGAAGAAAGAGACCAGCUCUGGAGCAGAUACCAGAAUCUGAUUAAGGAGAAAGACCAGAUAGACAAAGCUCUGACUGAAGAAAGAGACCAGCUCAGGAGCAGAUACCAGAAUCUGAUUAAGGAGAAAGACCAGAUAAACAGAGCUCUGACUGAAGAAAGAGAGCAGCUCAGGAGCAGAUACCAGAAUCUGAUUAAGGAGAUUGGUUGGAAGAAAUUUGGAAGCAGCUUUUACUACAUCUCUACUGAGCAGAAGAGCUGGAUUGAGGCCAGGAAGGACUGCAUAAAGAGAGGAGUAGAUCUGGUGAUCAUAAACAGCAGAGAGGAACAGGAGUUCAUUAAGAAGCAAAACAAAUAUGUAUGGAUUGGUCUGAGUGACACAGAAAGAGAGGGAGUUUGGAAGUGGGUGGACGGGUCACCACUGACCACUGCGUUUUGGAAAAGUGGUGAACCCAACAGUAACGGAGAGGAAGAUUGUGCAGAUUCUUUUUCCGCUACUAGCCUGCUGCAGACAUGGAACGAUGCAUCCUGUUCUAAUCAGGCAGGCUGGGUCUGUGAAUCUACACUGCCAUACUAAGAAAA